AUGUCGAUCGAUCCUACAGUUUCCGCCGCUGUCGACCUGGAUGAUGAGUCCUACAAUUCCUCCGAGGAUGAAGAUUUCCAGCUCGAAGGCGCCCAGGACGAUUCCGACCUAUCCUCCGACGACGAUGCGGCCGAGCCUGCGCAAAAAAAGCGAAAGACAGCUAAGAAAUCCGAAGUCCCGGAGGAUGAACUCGACUCGGGCGACGAAGUCACAAUUCGAAAAGCUCGCGAAAAGCUCGACAAAAAGCGCAAGGGGAAGAAGUCCAAAGGCAAGAAUGCAGCCGACGACCAUAUGGACUUGAAUGAUGAUGAGGGGGGCACUGGAGGCUUUGUACGGACACGUGCUAUGAAGCAGCAAAUCCGAGAGGAAGAGGAGCGUAAACCGCUAGCCAAGAUCGACGGUGCGACUAUUGACGUGGACGCUCUGUGGGAACAGAUGAACACGCCUGGGACCGAGCUGGGUCUGCGGCUGGAUCACAUGAAACACGAUAGUGAGCCGACCCCAGAAACCGAGCACGCCAACGCGCACAUGAAGGACUAUACCCCCAAGGCAGAGAAUGAUUCGCAGCAUACCCACGGCGAAGAGAUGAUCAAAAUCAAACGCACCUACGAAUUCGCCGGUGAGAUGAUCACCGAGGAGAAGACUGUGCCCAAAAAUUCGGCGGAAGCCAAGGCGUUUUUGUCUAGUGGACAGACUGGCGAGAAUGCAGAUGUUGCUGCAGCACCGAAUCAUAACCUACGUCGUCCACUGCGCAAGAUCUCCCGAUUCGAUCCCAAUCCAACUGGAACAAUCAAGAAGAGCUGGGAGAAGCAGGCCUUGGAGGCUGGCGAUCAGAAUGCGAGUGGACCGAAGAUUAAUACGGUGGAGAAGUCCCGGCUCGACUGGGCGCAAUAUGUGGAUCAAGCUGGUAUCAGCGACGAACUGCGUGUCCACAGCAAAGCCAAGGAGGGCUAUAUGGGCCGUAUGGAUUUCCUUGGUCGCACGGAAGCCAGAAGGGACGAAGAGGCUCGACAGGCCCGUCUGAAGGGCAUAUGA